ACGGAAACACUGCCCCCGCUGUUUAGUCCUGAUGUGGAUAGCCCGUUCCGGCGCUGGGGUUUCCCAACCGGGCUCGGUUCGGUGCCAGAUUUACCCAGGGAUUUACCUACAGCGGUAUCCGGAUCUCGGGUUUACACUGCGUGCUGUAUGGGAAUGCCACGCUGCUGUGAAGAUUGAUGUUUGACGGCUGGGAGCCUCCAGGCUCAUAUCCAAGAUUGACACUCGACAGCACACACGCCACACCAAUCUCCUGAGUGAGUCCCACUUCCUGGCAGAUAAAAACGUCCACAAGCUCCCGCUACACCUGCCCGAAGCCAAGCCGAACAACAUACUAAACGCCCUCAGCCAAUCGCUGGGGCAGGAACCCGUUACCAUGGACACCGAGUCCACUUACUCUGGGUACUCGUACCACUCAGGCCGGUCAAGAGGAUCCCACAGACAUGGAGAGCGGAGCAGAGAUCGGCACAAGUCCCGCAGUAAAGACAGCAGUCGUUCGGAGAAGUCUGUUACCAUCAACGCUCCCCCUGUGGAGCCCCUGUUAGGAGACCACUCCAUGCGCGAGGACGAAACACAGGAUGACAACUGGGGUGAAACUACCACUGCAAUCACAGGCACUUCAGAGCACUCGAUCUCGCAGGAGGACAUUGCACGCAUUAGCAAAGACCUGGACGACAGCGUGGGCCUGGACUGUAAACGCUAUUUAGUUGUCUCAUUCUCCAUCAUCUUGAGUCUGCUGAUGCUCCUGACGCCACUCGCGUUCCUCAUCCUGCCACAAGUGCUCUGGCCCGAGAAGCUGCAUCCAUGUGGCACGGCCUGUGAGGGCCUCUUCAUCUCCGUAGCGUUCAAGCUGCUUAUUUUGUUGCUAGCCAUGUGGGCACUGUUUUUCCGGCCAUCCAAGGCAACUAUGCCACGCAUCUUCAUUUUCAGAUCCCUGCUGGCCAUGCUGGCGUUCCUGCUCGUGCUCUCCUACUGGCUGUUCUAUGGAGUGCGCAUCUUGGACAACCAGGAUGAGGAUUAUCAGGGAAUCGUGCAGUACGCCGUGUCCCUGGUGGACGCACUGCUGUUCAUCCACUAUUUGGCUAUAGUGCUGCUGGAGCUCAGACACCUGCAGUCCUGCUUUUCGCUCUGUGUUACGCGCUCCACAGACGGAGAGACACGACAUUACAACCUAGGACAGCUCAGUAUCCAGAGAGCAGCUGUGGCAAUCUUGGAGAACUAUUACAGAGAUUUCUCUGUGCAUAACCCAUCACUGCUAACAGCCUCCAAAUCACGUGCUGCCAAACACCUGGCUGGCCUCAAGGUCUACAAUGUGGACGGUCCUGGAGGGAAUAAUGCUGCCGCGACAGGAAUCUCUCAGUCCCAGUCUCGUGCCAUGAUCGCUGCCGCCGCCCGCAGACGAGACUCCAGCCACAACGAGCUGUACUACGAGGAGGCCGAGCACGAGAGGCGUGUCCGUAAACGCAAGGCCAGGCUGGUGGUGGCUGUGGAAGAGGCGUUCACACACAUCCGGCGCGUCCAAGAGGAGGAACAGAAGAAGACUCCAGGAGACGUGAUGGACCCGAGCGUGGCGGCACAGUCCAUCUUCCCCUCGAUGGCCCGGGCGCUGCAGAAAUACCUGCGAACAACACGGCAGCAGCACUGCCACAGCAUGGAGAGCAUCCAGCAGCACCUGGCCUUCUGUAUCACACACAACAUGACACCAAAGGCAUUUUUGGAGAGCUACCUGACCCCCGGCCCGACGCUGCAGUACGGGCGAGAGCGCUGGUUCGGGCGCCAGUGGACACUCGUCAGCGAGGCGUCAGUGAACAGCGGCCUGAAAGACGGCACUGUCUUCCUGCUCAAGUGUCUAGACUUUAGUCUGGUGGUCACCGCCAAAAAGAUCCCCUACAUCAGGCUGUCUGAGGAAUUCAUCGAUCCCAAAUCACACAAGUUCGUCCUGCGGUUACAGUCGGAGACCUCAGUGUAGGACAGCGUAGGACACCUUGUGGUAUUGUCUCUACUUACGGUCAUUCACAAACAGAUUUUUUUUUCC